GCUUCCAAUUAUAAAGAGAAGGAAGUGGAAAAAUCAGGGCAGUCUUCUUUAGGACUAAAGCAGUAUGGAAGAUUGCAAGAACUUUUUCAAUCAGGAGGAUGCUGAUAUCUGUUCAGAAUCUGUGAAAUUUGAUGCUCAGUCAAUGACAACACUUCUUCCUCUGAGUUCUAAAAAUGUCCCUGCCCUUCAAGAGAAGUUGAAGUCAUUCAAAACUGCACUGAUUGCUCUUUACCUCUUUGUGUUUGUGAUUCUCAUACCUAUCAUUGGAAUAGUGGCAGCUCAGCUUCUGCAAUGGAAAACGAAGAGUUGUACAGUCGAUUCAAUUAAUGCAAAUGAUAGCUCUCAGAAUCUCACGGGAAAAGGAAGCAGUAUUGAAGAUGAAGUGAGAUUUCAGGAAAUGGUUACAGAAAAAAUAAGCAACAUGGAGAAGAAAAUCCAAUAUAUUUCAGAAUCAGCAGCUCUUAAUUCAGAGCAUUUUCAAAAUUUCAGUAUGAUGAGUGAUCAAAGAUUUAAUGAUGUCCUCCUACAGCUAGGAAUCUUGAAUUCUUCAGUCACUGAAAAUGAGCACAUAAUAGAUGAAAUCCUCAAGUCACAAAUAAGUUUGAAUAUUACAUUACUUGUUUUGAAGUUCAAAAGUGUAUUAUUGAGUAACAAAAUCAGGCAGAACACAUUAAAACAACAAGAGGAUAGUAAUGAAUUAGAGGAGCGUGUGCGUAAUGCAUCAGCAGAAAUUAUGUCUGUGAAAGAAAAGCAAGUAUAUUUGGAACAGGAAAUAAAAGAAGAAGUGAAACUUUUGAAUAACAUCACUAGUGAUCUCAGACUGAAAGACUGGGAACAUUCUCAGACAUUGAAAAAUAUCACUUUGGUUCAAGGUCCUCCUGGUCCCCCAGGUCAAAAAGGAGAUAGAGGUUUCACUGGAGCUCAAGGUCCAGCAGGCUUGCAAGGUCCCAUAGGUCCUCCAGGCCUUAAAGGUGAUCAAGGGCUAACAGGCUUUCCAGGAAGUAGAGGGCUACCAGGACCACCAGGAAGAGUUGGGAGGCCAGGAAAUACUGGACCAAAAGGUCAGAAGGGGGAAGUUGGGAAUAGAGGCAUGCUAGGCCAAGUUACAGCCCACUGAUCCAAUUAGGGCAGGGCCCUUAAAGAUCAGGGGGGUUGGGCAGGACACCUUCUACUGUCAUCUCAUUAAAAGGCCCUUCACUUCUGGACAAGUCAUCAGCACAGCUGAAUCCAAGAUCCCUUUGUGGUUCCGCCAAACAACCUUUGCUCUCCUGUGGUACCAGACUUCCGCUUCCUCUUCUGAUCCUUGGUGCUGUUAGACCUCUGCUCCUGUGCUCAUUCUUCUCCCUACUCCAAUAUUCAACAUCUUUAUUAUCCCCUAGCCCUACCAGAUGGGACACCUCUCAUGUACUGACUGACAGGCUAUUUCAUCCAGCACCCAUCCUGGUGUUUUGCUGAACCCAAUUAAAUCCAUAUGCUCUAGAAGUCUUACAGACACUGGUAAUAUGUGGCUUUUGAUAUUUUUAAAAAAGCAUUAUUCUCUGCCACACAUAGGAGUUACAUACCAUAAAAUUCAUUCAUACAUUCACUCCUUACACGUAUUUUCACUCUAUAUCUGCAGGAACUAGACACAACAGCUAGUAAUGUAUUUAUUUUCUCUAUCCUUACAGAGUUCAUUAUGUCUGAAAAACAUAGACAUGCAAAAGGCAAGUUUAUAUUAUAAUGAGCUAUAUUGGAGGAAAAAUAAAUCUAUGUAGGUGCCCAGAGGAGAUCAAAAUGUCAAAUUAUUUAGAAUAUUAAAAAAAAGAAAUGAUUUGCUCUGUCUAACUUAUUAAAUUUUGAGGUAAUUUCAAGCAAAGAUAUUUUGGUCAUUAAAAUAAUGCUUUUUUCUAUUCUAAAAAUCUGUGUAUAUUUUAUGUGUUAAGUAUACACAAUUCUAGAAAAAAUGUAUUUCAAUGUAACUGGAGCUCUUCUGUCUAUUAAAAGAAAGGGUUAAAGCUAUAGUAAGAGAAAACAAAAAAAAGGAAUAUGAAAAAUAAAGAAUUCCACAUUAAUUUUAUCAUUUACUUAUUAAUAGGCAAGGUUUUCAAAAGUCUUCAUUACUUCAAGGUUUAAAACAUAGUCCCAGGAUUCAUAGCAUUUGUGAAUUCUAAGUAGCACUUUUAUGUGUUUCUAUCUUACCACUUCUAUCCUCUCCCCUAUUUAACGGACUUCUUAACACCUACCUCACAGGGUUGUUGUGAGGCUUUAAGAUGCAAUAUGUUUAAAGAUGCUCUGUAAAAUCAUAAAGUGCUUUUAACAUAUAA